GUGGCGCAGCUGUGGGGCUACGGGCGGCUCAGCCUGCGCUCGCUGCUGUACAACUCCUUCACGGACAGCGAUGUGGUGCUGGAUGCCCUCUUCGAGCCGAUCUACUGGCUGGUGGACCACGUCACCCGCUGGUUCGGGGUGGCAUUCGUGGCAUUGGUGAUUGUGCUGACGAGCUCCGUGGUGGCCAUUGUCUACGUCUGCCUCCUGCCCCUCAUCCUGCGCACCUACGCGCCCGCCUGGGUCUGCUGGCACCUCAGCUACGGCCACUGGAACCUGCUCAUGAUCAUCUUCCACUACUACAUGGCCAUCACCACUGCCCCGGGCUACCCGCCACAGACCAAGGGCGACCUCAUCAGCGUCUCCAUCUGCCGCAAAUGCAUCGCCCCCAAGCCGGCGCGCACCCACCACUGCAGCAUCUGCAACAGGUGUGUGCUGAAGAUGGACCAUCACUGCCCCUGGCUGAACAACUGCGUGGGGCACUACAACCACCGGUACUUCUUCUCCUUCUGCCUCUUCAUGACCAUGGGCUGCAUCUAUUGCAGUAUCAGCAGCUGGGACAUGUUCCGUGAGGCCUACGCGGCCAUCGAGAGAAUGAAACAGCUUGAGAAGGAGCGCCUGCAGGCAGCCGCCAACCAGACCUACUACCAGACACCACCCCCGGCCUUCUCCUUCCGCCAGCGCGCCUUCCACAAGAGCAUCGUCUACCUGUGGGUGCUGUGCAGCUCUGUGGCCCUGGCCCUGGGGGCGCUGACACUAUGGCAUGCAGCCCUUAUCACCCGUGGGGAGACCAGCAUCGAGAGACACAUCAACAAGAAGGAGCGGCAGCGGCUGCAGAAGAAAGGCAAAGUGUUCCGGAACCCGUACAGCUUCGGUGCCUGGGACAACUGGCGGGUCUUCCUUGGAGUGGAUGUGCCCAGGCACUGGCUCACCCGCGUCCUGCUGCCGUCCACGCACCUGCCCCAUGGCACUGGCCUGAGCUGGGACGCACCCCUGUGUGUGAGGCCGUGGCACACACCCCUGCUGGCCAUCUGACCACCAGCGCAGACCCUCCCCAGCCUCGGUGCCCGGAGCCCUGAGGUCCAAAUGCAGAUGUCUGUUCUGCCCCCUCGUGAGCUGCAGGCAGCCCCUAGCACAGGCCACAGCCCCACCCAGCACCUCUGCUGGAGAGGGGGCCUUGCCCGAUCGCACCUCUGGGUUUUUUGUGUCAAAUAAAACCUGUUUUUAACCAGUG